AUGUUUCUUUACCAGCUACUCAACUUUUUCCUUGUAGCUUCCAAAGAGGAGGAGGACUCUAAAUAUGACCUGUCACUCUACAAGCGUGGUGAUUUAUUAGAAGUCCCCAGGACGUUAUUCACACAUUUUGGUAUCUACCUGGGAGACAACCGUGUGGCUCAUCUCAUUCCGGACAUCCUGCCUGCAAUUUCCAACAGUAAAUCUGCAAUUGCCAAGAUGGUAACAAAUAACCGCCUGCUGCUGGGGGUUAUCACCAAGGUUGCCAGUGUCAGAGUGGACUCUGUGGUAGAUUUUGCAUAUGGAUCAGAGAUUCUGAUCAACCACAUGGACAAAGUGUGCCGUCAACCAGCUUUGGACGGGGACGAGGUGGCCAGGAGGGCUGAGAAGCUCCUGGGCUCUGUCACUUACAGCUUACUGUGGUACAACUGUGAACACUAUGUCAUGUACUGCAGAUAUGGGAUGGCUAUCAGCUACCAGACGUACCAGUUCUGCACAACAGUACGGAAGAUUGUUUUCAGCAGGAUGAGUUCCUAUUUGACUGCGCUGUGUGGUGUAGGAAUCCUGCUGUAUCUGGGCUGUGUGACACCACUGACACUUUUACCGACCCUGCUCAUCUCAUUCACCAUCUGGAUGGCAGCCUAAUGGCCGCUGGAGGGACAACUCAUGAGAAAAGACUUUAAUUUAACACACUAGUGGAAGCUGAAAUUAAGUCCUGUGGUUUAGCUGUGUGACUAAAGGCACUGGGAAAUGAAUGUGUUCGUGAUAAUAAAACAGUUUUACGUUUUAUUUUUCUUUGGGCAAUUAUAGAUUUUUUAUUUAUUAAAUAAUGUUUCAUAUUUCUUUGCAUUGAUAAUCGUUGUGCGGUUAGAAACCCUUUUUUUGUUAGAGGUCUAAUUUUGUAAGUUAUUCAUCAUUAAUGUUCACCGGGCUCUGAUAUUCAAUAUUAAUCUCAUUUAACAGUAGCAGCUCAUAGAUUAUAAAUGGACUUUAACUCAGCAAACUCCUGAAGACUGAGAUAAAGCUCAGCAGAGAUAUCUGGAGAGAAGAGGCUAACCAACCAGUGGAUACAAGAUGGUGUAUGCGGAUGGAUGUUGCAAGAAUGUUGAAAUUAAUGUUUGUCAUCAUUGUGAUACUAUAACAUAGGCUUGGACAAAGUGCAAUAAGUUUCUUCUGAAUGGAAUAGUAUCAUUUUGAUUUAUCAUAAUGUCAAAUGUCAAAUGUGUUUAUCAGUCCAUUAAACAUGUAUUUCUCAACAUAGUUAAUUGUAUACAGUCCCUGGAUUGUGCCUGAUGAAAAAAAGCAUUUUAAAUACACAAAAGAAAUCUACUACUGAACGCAGACUUGCAGAACAAAUAGCCAUAAACAAGCACAAUUAGUGUUAAGUGUUUUCCUCAUUAGUGCAGAGAAUGUGGUAAACUUUCUGUCUUCGUAAUGACAUUAAACAUUGCUAAACCUUCGAGCAAAAUUGUCUUGAUAAUAAAUCAACUGAACACCUGAUGGUCAGCAGUGUUAUUAGAUGUUAAUAAAAACAACCUUGACUUUC